GGCUCAGAAGAGCAGAAGAGACGCCACAGGACAGCGCGCAAACCACUCUCCAACACUGGGAAAUAUGCAUCCUAACUUAGUGAGCUGGCUGGGGACUCUGGGGUUCCUGCUGUGGGCGCUCGUCUACCUGGGAGCCUUGACGGAGGGAUACCCAAUAAAGCCAGAGAACCCUGGGGAAGACGCUCCGGCGGAUGAGCUAGCCAAGUACUACUCAGCUCUGAGACACUACAUCAACCUCAUCACAAGACAGAGGUAUGGGAAGAGGUCCAGUCCUGAGAUUCUGGACACACUGGUCUCAGAGCUGCUGUUAAAGGAAAGCAGAGACACACUUCCACAGUCAAGAUAUGACCCAUCAUUGUGGUGAUGAUGUCAUCAGUGUUGGCUCUAACUCACCCCUGCAUGUGCCACCGCUGAUAUUCUGGCCUCCAUGUCUGUCAGUUCGCACCCUCCUACACCCAACGACUAUUCUGCCUCCGCCCUUUUGAUCUAUUUGAGCCUUCAUGCAUAGGCUAUCCAGCCAUUCAUUCUUAAGCAUCAGCUGCAGUCAACACUACUUAUAGUGUGUGCCAUAAAACUGUAAAUAGUUUAUUCAGAGAUAACAUCUGUGAAACAUAUGAGGAAAGUCAUGGAGGGGUAUGUCGAUUGUAUUGUACAUUUGUGCUAAUAAAGGUCCAAUGUUUAA